AUGGCCCCUGGCCUCCUGGAGCCGCCCAUGACGGCCGAUAAAGUGGUCAGUCUGGUCUCCUUGACUGAGAGCUACGACGACACAAUCCGCUUCUAUCUCAACGGCACAAAAGUCGAACUAGAUGCCAUUGACCCCGAAAUCACACUGCUUGAAUAUCUAAGAGGCAUUGGUCUGACGGGGACAAAACUCGGCUGUGCAGAAGGUGGAUGCGGUGCCUGUACUGUGGUUGUGUCACAGUUGAACCCGACCACGGGCAAGAUAUACCAUGCUUCGGUCAACGCAUGCUUAGCACCUUUGGUCAGCGUCGACGGGAAGCAUGUCAUUACAGUCGAGGGGAUUGGGAGUUCGAAGAGCCCGCAUGCUGCUCAGCAGCGGAUCGCUAUGGCUAGCGGAAGUCAAUGCGGUUUCUGCACUCCAGGAAUCGUAAUGAGCUUGUACGCGCUCCUCAGAAACCAUGGUCCUGAGCCCUCCGAAAAGGAAGUCGAAGAAGCGUUCGACGGGAAUCUGUGUCGGUGCACCGGUUACAGACCUAUUUUGGACGCCGCUCAAAGCUUCAACAGGGGAUGUGGCAAAUCUAUUUCGAACGGAGGUUCUGGCUGCUGUAUGGAAAAAGACGGUCCAUGCAACAACGCCGCCGCCAAUGGCCUAGGUGAAGCGGCGGAAAAGAGAUUCACACCCCCAUCCUUCAUCCCCUAUGACAAAUCGACAGAAUUGAUUUAUCCCCCUGCUCUUAAGAAGCAUAUCUUCAAGCCGCUCGCUCUCGGUAACAAAAGAAAGAAGUGGUAUAGACCAGUCACUCUGGAGCAGUUGCUGCAGAUAAAGAACACAUAUCCAGGCGCCAAGUUGAUUGGUGGUAGCACGGAAACACAGAUCGAGGUCAAGUUCAAGGCCAUGCAAUAUUCCACUUCAGUCUACGUGGGUGACAUAGCAGAGUUGCGAAAAUACUCCUUCCACGACGACUAUCUUGAAAUUGGCGGCAACGUGGCCUUGACCGACCUUGAGAGCAUAUGCGACGAAGCCGUUAAGCAUUAUGGCCCAGCCAAGUCUCAACCCUUCCGUGCGGUCAAGAAGGCCAUCAAAUAUUUCGCUGGUCGUCAAAUUCGGAACGUCGGUACACCGGCGGGUAAUAUAGCAACCGCUUCCCCUAUAUCAGACCUAAAUCCCGUGUUUGUGGCCACUGACUCGAUCUUGAUUGCAAAGUCGUUAAACAAAACUACGGAAAUCCCAAUGGCGGGCUUUUUCAAGGGUUACAGGGUUACCGCCUUACCAGAGGAUGCCAUCAUAGCAGCAAUGAGAAUUCCCGUCGCUGCCGAGCAAGGAGAAUACAUAAGAACGUACAAGCAGUCCAAAAGGAAAGAUGACGAUAUUGCUAUCGUUAAUGCUUGUCUACGGUUGGUGCUGGAUCAGUCCCACACGGUCAAAAGAGCGAAUCUGGUGUACGGUGGCAUGGCUCCCGUCACAAUUCAAGCAAAAACUGCUUCUGAAUACAUUGUUGGAAAAAGGUUUCCCGAUCCCCAGACCCUUGAGGGCGUGAUGAAUGCUUUGGAGAAAGAUUUCAAUCUUCCUUUCGGCGUCCCCGGCGGCAUGGCGACCUACAGGAAAUCGCUUGCUCUAGGCUUCUUUUAUCGGUUCUACCAGGAUGUCCUUGCCAGUAUAGAGGGUAUCAGUCAGGAGGUCGACAAGGAAGCUAUUGCCGAAAUAGAAAGAGAGAUAUCUCGUGGCCAAAAGGACCAUGAAGCCGCGGCUGCAUACUCACAGAAGGUUCUGGGCAAAUCGAAUCCUCACCUCGCAGCGUUGAAACAGUGCACUGGCGAAGCGCAAUAUACUGACGAUAUCCCCGUUCAGAAGAACGAACUCAUUGGUUGCCUGGUGCUGUCGACCAAAGCACAUGCAAAGCUAUUGAAGGUAGAUCCCAGCCCUGCAUUAGAUCUCCCAGGUGUGGUGGCCUGGAUCGAUCGGCACGAUGUUGUCGACCCAAAAGCCAACUGGUGGGGCGCGCCUGUUUGUGAUGAAGUCUUCUUUGCCGAGGAUGAGGUUUUCACAGCUGGCCAACCCAUCGGCAUGGUUUUAGCAAAGACCGCGCACCAGGCCUCCGCCGGAGCCCGGGCUGUCGUCGUUGAGUACGAGGAGCUCCCGGCGAUUUUCACCAUUGAAGAAGCUAUCGAAAAGCAGAGCUUCUUCGAGCACUACCGGUACAUCCGGCGGGGCGACGUGGACAAGGCUUUCCAAGAAUGUGACUACGUUUUUGAGGGGACGGCGAGGAUGGGAGGACAAGAACACUUCUACUUGGAGACGCAGGCAUGCCUUGCCAUUCCCAAACCGGAAGAUGGCGAGAUGGAGAUCUGGUGCAGCACUCAGAAUCCAUCAGAGACACAGGCGUAUGCUUCCAAAGCGCUUGGUGUACAAUCCAACAAGGUUGUGGCUAAAGUCAAGCGCCUCGGUGGUGGGUUUGGUGGGAAAGAGACUCGGUCAAUUCAACUGUCAACAAUAUGCGCUGUCGCCGCCAACAAGGUCAGGCGCCCGGUUCGGUGUAUGCUCAACCGCGACGAAGACAUUGUGACGUCUGGUCAGAGACACCCUUUCUUUGCUAUUUGGAAGGUUGGUGUGAACAAGGACGGCAAGAUCCAGGCUCUUCGAGCCAAUGUGUUCAAUAACGGCGGUUGGUCGCAAGAUCUGUCCGCCGCAGUAGUCGACCGGUCUCUGUCCCAUAUCGACGGAUGCUACAACAUUCCAAACAUAGAUGUUGAUGGGCGCAUCUGUAAGACCAACACGGUUUCAAACAGCGCGUUUCGCGGCUUUGGAGGGCCGCAGGGCAUGUUCAUUUGCGAGACGUUCAUGGAGGAGGUGGCCGACCACCUGAAGAUGCCGGUUGAAAAGCUGCGUGAGAUCAACCUUUACAAGGAAGGGGAUCAAACACACUUCAACCAAGAGCUCGAAGACUGGCACGUGCCUCUUAUGUGGAAACAAGUCAAGGAGUCAGCCGACUAUGAGACUCGCCGUAAGGCCGUUGACGACUUCAACGCCACUCACAAGUGGCAGAAGAAGGGCCUCGCAUUGAUCCCGACCAAGUUCGGCAUUUCGUUCACAGCAUUGUUCCUCAACCAAGCAGGCGCCCUGGUACACAUAUACCAUGACGGCUCGGUCCUCGUGGCUCACGGUGGCACUGAAAUGGGCCAAGGCUUACACACAAAGAUCUGUAUGAUUGUCGCUGAAGCACUUCAGGUGCCGUUGUCGGACGUAUACAUCUCAGAGACAGCUACCAACACGGUGGCGAACACGUCAAGCACAGCUGCGUCCGCGUCUUCCGACCUCAACGGCUAUGCCGCUUACAACGCAUGCAUGCAGAUCAACGAACGUCUUGCCCCAUACCGGGCGAAGUUGGGCCCGAACGCGACCAUGAAAGAACUGGCGCACGCCGCCUACUUUGACCGAGUCAACCUGAGCGCCAACGGGUUCUACCGCACUCCCGAAAUCGGGUACAUCUGGGGUCCCAACCCAGACGACCCGUCUCUCGAGAACACAGGCAAGAUGUUCUUCUAUUUCACCCAGGGCGUGGCGGCGUCCGAAGUGCUCAUCGAUACCCUGACUGGCGACUGGACGUGUUUGCGCACCGACAUCAAAAUGGAUGUAGGUCGUAGCAUCAACCCGGCAAUCGACUACGGCCAGAUUGAGGGCGCCUAUGUCCAGGGUCAGGGCUUGUUCACGACUGAGGAAUCACUCUGGCAUCGCGCGUCCGGUCAGAUCUUCACCCGUGGGCCUGGAGCGUACAAGAUCCCCGGGUUCCGUGACAUCCCGCAGGUCAUGAACAUCUCGCUCCUCAAGGACGUCGAGUGGAAGAACUUGCGCACCAUCCAGCGCAGCAGGGGUGUAGGCGAGCCGCCUCUCUUCAUGGGCAGCGCCGUCUUCUUCGCCAUUCGCGAUGCCUUGAAGGCCGCCCGUGCCGAGCAUGGCGAGGAGGCGGUCCUGAAUCUCCGAAGUCCCGCCACUCCGGAGCGUAUCCGGGUUUCGUGCGCUGAUCCUAUCCUCAAACGUUGUCUCGUGGAGCCGAGAGACGGGGAGAAGAGUUUCUUUAUUUCGAUCUGA